AUGUAUCAUACUACUGCUGUUCCUAAGAGUGCCAAUGAAGGAGAAGAUGAGGCAGCUUACUUGGAUCGUGUUGCUCAAGAACUUGAUAUUAAAUGGUCCAAUUAUUUCAAAGCUAGAACAACAUCUUCUAAAAAAGAAAAGGCUCUCCGAACAAGCAAGACCAUUCUUGUAGCCAAGGAAGAGGAACUCGGAAUUGACCAAAUUACUAAACCUGUAAAUUAUGAAAUUCCAGAAGAAUUUACACACUAUAGACUUAUUCGUGUCAGUGAUGGUACAAUGAUUGCCGAUAAAAUUGAUAGAGAAUCAGCAGAAGAAAUUGCACUCAAUGAAGGAUUAGAUUUAAUCCUAGUUGUAGAUUCUGUUAGCCCACCAGUUGUUAAAUUGGGUGAUUAUGUUGUAUUUUUAAAACAUGCAAUUAUCAAGGACAAGUUGAGCCAGUUGAAGGAUUUAGAAAAGGAAUUGGAAGAGAAGAAGACUAAGGAAAUUAGAUUUUCUGCUAAUAUUGAUACUCAUGAUUUGGAUGUCAAGAUGAAGAAAAUGAUCAAGUUUUUGGUGACAGGAAAAAAGGUAAAGAUUUUGUGUUUCCGUGUUGAAAAUGAAGAACAAGCUUUCCAAAUGUUAAAAGACUUUGUUGGUAAAGCUAAGGAAAAACUUGCUAAUGAAUUCCCUGGUAUGGAUUUAAAGAAAGCCCUUGAAGAAGAUAAACCAUUCAAGCAAAAGAAUGAAUACAUGCUUACUAUCAAGAUGAAGGACGACUUUUUGGCAAAAGCAAAGAAGGCCAACAAACAAUAA